UUUUUUUUCUUAUUUUUUCUUAAUUUUCUUUAUUGUCUGUAUUUUAAUUUAAGUUUUGAGUGUAAAAAAUAAAAAGUAAAAAAAAAACAAAAAAAAUUUUUGCUUAGUUACUUUUAUAGAAAAGCCUCUAAAAACAAAAUAAAAAAAAAAAACGAGAAAAAAUAAUAAAAACAAUUUUUGAGUACUAUGGAUGGAUGAAGUUUUUAACUAUAUGGUGGAACUGGAGAACAUCACAUUUUAAUUGUAAUGAAUCAAUCGAAAAUUCAGUCGAUGAUUAACCGUUGUAUCGGAUGGAUUUUUAAUUUUUUUAAUAUUUCUUCCUUAAAUCGUGAAUAAUGUAUAAAUAAAAAAAAAAAAAAAUUCGAAAUAAUUAAAAAAUAAAAUUUCGAUUUCAAUUUCGUUUCACUAUUAAAACUGUUAUAAUAAAAGCGUCCACAUGAAAAACUUGCAUUGAAUUUAAAAUUUAAGAAUUAAAGAAAUUGAAAAAGCCAGGAUUUUAUAUAAGAAACGAAUUUAAAAGCCAUGAAAUUUUAAUUAGACUCUAUAGAAAAAAUUAAGAUUUUUUUUUGGAUAUUUUUUUGAUUUUAUAUAAAAAAUAUUUUUUUCUAAUAUCGAAAUUAAAUAAUAAGUGCUCGAACGAAUGAAAAAAUAGAAAAAAAAAAUUUUUAUAUUAAAAACUGAUUAUGAAAUUUUCCAAAAUAUAAAAUUAAUUAAUAAAUUAAAUAAUUAAUAAAAAAAAUAGAAAACAAUUUUAAAAAAUAUUCGUAAUUUUUUUUUUUUAAUAAUUUAUUUGAAUUUUUUUAAAAAUAUUAUUGCAAAGGAAAAAAAAACUAGUGGAAUAAUUUUGUCUGUAAACAAUAUUCAUUAAAGUAUUCAACGAGUAUUGCAUGCUUUGGUUUUGAAAUUUCAUCCUCGACUCAUACAUCACACAUGAAGUAUACAGAAAGAGAAAGACUGCAAACAAGAAUUAAAGCAACAACAACAAAAUACUAAAAUCAAAAUAAACAGGCGCAGAAAUAUUAACCAUCUCAGUACACACCAGGUUAAUAACUAAAAAUUGUGAAUGUAGUCAAAAUAAUAUUAAAAAAUUUUAAUAUCAAGCAGCAGCAACAAUAACGAUAACAACAGUUUAUUUAAAGAAAAUAUCAAAGAAAGAGAAUUAAAAUUUUAUGACGUCAUUGACUACAAAUACUACAACCAUUACUGCACUGACAAUAAAAUUAAAUAAAUUCACAAUGAAAGUUUUUGAAUCAAUGUUACCGGUUGGCUAUAAAUGCCAUAAGGUAAAAACAAGUAAAGCUUUUUUUACGCUUUUACUAGCAAUAACGGUAUUAAUUUCAAUCUCAUUACCAUUGACAUUUGCUAUUGAGGUAAAUAAUGAAAGUACAAAUGGUAAUAUUCAAAAAACAGUAACAAAAAAUUCAGUUACAACUUCACCAACACCAACAAGAUCACGUGGUUCAAAAGUUUAUCAACCAUCAUUAAUACGUACACAAUUAAAAGUAUCAAGAAGUUUAGAUCCAGAUCAAACAGAAACUAUUAAUGUUAAAUCAAAUACGGGAGGUUAUGCUUCAAUUAUUGUUAAAAAACGUCGUGGUAAUCAAAGUAGUGCUAUAAAUUUUCCAUCAUCACAAUCUUCUUCAUCAUCAUUAAAGGAACAACAUAAUAUUGUGAAAAAAACCCCAGAAAAUAAUCUUUUAAGAAACAAAAGUGAUGACAGCCACAUUGAUCAACCACAAAAGUUAGAACAAAUAGGAAUUCCAGCUCCAGUUGUUGUUUCAAGUGCAUCAUCAGUUAGUCCAAAUUAUGGUGAGACGACAUUUCGUGUUAAACCUGAUUAUGGUAAAUGGAAUCCUUUACCUCCAUCAAAUGUUCGUUUCGCACAACCAACAAAUCAAAAAUCUGCCGAAGUUAUUAAUUCAUUUAUAGAACAUAUUGAAAAAAUGGAAAAGGGUAAUAAUGAUCGUAUGGCUUCAUUGAAGAAUGAUAGGCAACCAGUUAAUAUAAAACUUGCAACACCAAAAAUUUACAAUGAAAAUUUAAGACUUCCGGAACCGACAAUUAUUCGUUCCGAUCCCUAUUAUGUUAAAGAUUCACCAAUGAAAUCAACUAAGCGGGCACGUUCUUUAGUACAUGUCGACAGUGAUGGAAUACCAGUUAUAGAAGGUGUUCGUGUACCAGAUGAUGAAGAAGAUAAACGUAAAGUUUGGCGAAAUGCAAGGGUUAUUAAAGGCGAACUAGUACCAUAUGAAAAUGGUUAUGUACCACCAAAAGCAGAACGCCCUUCAUCCUUAGCAUUAGGAGAAUUACUGUUUUAUAAUGAUAAUAUGGCCAGAAGAACGAGACAAUCAGAAGGUAGAAAUUUUGGCCCAUUUACAAAAUUUGAUAACUUUGAAAGAGAAUCUUCAAAAUCUGAAAAUAAAAAUUUUGGUCCAUUUACUGUAGAUGAUAAUAGAAAUGGUCGUGAAUAUAGAAAUAAUUUCGAAGGAGGGCCAUAUUUUGUUAAAGAUAAUACAGGAAGAAAUUCAGGAUCACGUUUAAUUGAUUACAUUAAGCAAAUUAACGAACAACAUGCUCAUCGUGAUUACUUUGUACGUAGAACUACACCUGAUGAAUUGCUUAGAGAACCACAAAGAAUUCAACGUAGAAUGUUGAAUAGCAUGAAUGAUUAUCCAGAAGAAGAAAAAAUCGAUGAUGUUGGUGAGAAUCUUAGAGCUCCGGUAUCAUAUUAUGCACACCCUGACUUAGGUAUUCAACCAGCACGUGCUCCACCGGUUAAAGAAACGAAAAAAGAUAAACCACCAAAAAAAGCACAAUACUACAUUAAAGGGCAGCCAAUCCUUCCGAAAAAAGAUAAACAUUAUCCAAUUGAACAAACCUUAAAUAGCCAAGAAUAUUAUCGAAAUUCUUACCCCAAUAAUAUAAAUUAUUAUGAUUCAUAUGAAUUGAAACGUGCCUCUACAUACCCUUACAAUUAUGGAACAUUGAAAAGAGUAAAAGAACAACCACUUUGGAUGAAAUUAACUGAACAAAUGCGUGAUACAUUUCAAACAGGAAUCACUUCAGUUGAAGCAUUAGCACGACCUGUUUUUCAACCUAUAGUUGAAGCUGGUCAAAAAAUUUCUAAGAAUUUAGGAUUUUCAAAGGAACCAGUUCAAUAUGCACAAAAUAAAGUUGGUGUUGUUACAGCUGGUGCUUCACCAGCUCUUUUACCAGCCUUAGGUUUAAUGGCUAGUGGUGCUGCUCUAGGUAUUGGAGCUAUGGCUGUUGGUAAAUAUUUCGAUACAAAUUUAUUAAAAAGAUCCGAAGAUGGUACAACCACAUAUGUUAAUCCUGAACAUAAAAGAAAUUUUCAAUAUCCAUAUAAUCCAUACAAUCCGCAACAUAGUGAUGAUAUGGUAAUUUUAGUAGAGGAAAAUGAUAGACAAGCACGUACUGAAUCAAAUCAUAGAAGAAAUUUUGAUGGUAGUGAUAUUGCGGUUAUUGAUGUUAUGUUACCAUCAUCUUCAUCAUCAUCAUUAUCAUCGCCUUCAUCUAUGCAAAAUAAUAAUAUAAAUAUACACAGGCAUAAUAGUCGAGGUAAACGUUCUUUAAGUGAUCGACCUGAUGAUUUAGGCAUUAUAUUACAAGAUAUUGAAGAAGAAAUACCAAAAACUAAAACAGUUGGUUUAGAGGAACGUAUUCGUUCAACAAAUUGGAGGAAUACACCAUGUGCGAAAAAAAUGUUCUGUGAAAUCAUGUUAGAGCAAAAUUCCGAUGAAAAUGUUUUAAUGGAAAAGAAAAUGGAAAAUAUGUUCUCAAGACUUCAUCCAUCGCUCAGGGAAAGCUUAUCAAGUCAUCUAACAGAAGUUACAGAUGCCAUUAUGAGAAGGGACUGUUCAUCAUUUAUUUGCAAUAAAAAUCAAAUAUUUAGAAGAUAUUAGAGUUAUAGAUUAUGUUUGUUUUUUAAAAUGUAUAUUUAAUAUACAAUGUAGGAACAUACUGAUAUACAUGUAUUUAUAAUUGCAAAAUAUCCGUGACUUCAAAAUUACGAUAAAACUGUGUUAUUACACAAUUCAGCAAUUAUAAAAUAUAAGCUGAAUUGCCUAUUAAUAGCGUAUUAUUGUAAUUUUGAAAUCGUGCAGGGUAUUUGUUUUCUCUUUACUUUUUUCUUAUUGUCAUUAUUUUAUAAUUUUUAUAUUUUUUAAGAAUUUAUAUUAUAAUAAUUUAAGUAUUAAUAAUUAUAUAAUAUGUUAGAUAAUUUAUUUAAAAUUUAUAGAAUUAAGAAAAGAAAAUGAGAUAUAAAAGAAAUUAAUAUAAUUAUAGAAAUAUUAUAUAAUAUUUAUGUAUUAAUGUGAAUAUAGUCCAUAUUGAAAUAAGAUCCACAAAUCUAUACAAAAAUUGUAACCUUAUUCUGAAAAAGGAAUCGCUGAAUUUUUAGCGAUAUUUUAUGGUUAAAAUUUGAAAAACUUUAUUAUAGACACACAAAACUAUUGUAUAAAUUGGUUUGUGUUUACAAUAAUAAUAAUCUAAAUUUUUACGAUAAAUAUCACUAUCACUUAGUGAUUCGAUACUCAGAAUAGAAGUCCAAGUGAUUCGAUUCUUGAAAUAAGCCCUAAUAAGUUACUUCUCUAAAUAGGUCCUAUUAUCUUUGAUAAUAAUUUCAAUAAUUUGAAAAAAUUCAAUUUAAAAUAUAAUUUUUUAAUUAUUCUCGUA